ACGAAAGGGUUAAGAAGAACCUUGCACAAACUUUGCUGUGUGAUGAGCUGGCAGCCUCCCUCCCUUCCCUCCUCGCCUGCAGCCGAGAUGCAGCAGCGCUGGAGUGCUGCGAUCCUCUCUGCUCUGACUGUUGCCUACUGCUGCUGAGGGAGGGAAUUACUGGCUUACACUGUUUCCAUCCAAGCAGUGAAGCACACAAAGAGAAAUCUCCUUGUCUUCUACUCCUAUUGCCUACGAAGAACAGAGCAUCAGCUCUGAUGCUGUUGAGUCAGAUUGUAAACUGACAUCAAGACUUGGAAUAAGAGCCAUACCUGAUAUUAAACCACACGAAUUCAAGAGCAAAGGAGAAAGCAACAGAUAUGCCAAAUGCACUAAAAAGACAGUAUCCUGAAUCCAACAGUAAGACUGCAAAUUUUUGUACUAAUCCCACUACCUAGGAGGAGAUAUUCCUUGAUACAUCAACAAGCUCAUGGUCCGAACCAGCUGCUCUAGUGCCUAAUCCCAAAACUCCUGCUUCUGAAAGACAGACAACUUUUGAUUAUGCAUUACAAGAAACUGGAAACUCUGUAUUCCAAGCAAGCAUCAGUAACCCUGGAUUAACAGAGAAACUUCCCGCAGACUCCAACCUUCCCCAUCUCAUGCAGGAAUAAACCACCUGCUGUUGGAAAAGCCAGCAGAAAACUUACUCUUUUUGGAAAACAGCACUUGCAAAAUUAUACAACCCCUUGCAGAUCAAUUUGGAAGAAGAACCAAAGCAUUUCACUUUCCAAAGGAGGUGGCCUACUAGAAGCAGCAGCCAAGGAUUUUGAGGACAAAAUAGAAGAUUGGUGGCCAUGUAAAAUACAAGUCUAGUGCUUGUUAUCAUUAUGAUAGCAACUAUAAUUUACAAAAGCUUAUUACUUGCAGUCUGCUAACUCCGUGAAACAGUUUGAGGACAAGAGGAUAGAGCAUUUCUUCCUGAAUUUUACGCAAGUCAUAUCACCAUCUGUCUUCUUUUGACACCAGUGAGGUAAGACAUUAAAGUUGAAAGUAAAUAGAGAAAAUGUAGCACGGUUGACAGCAAUGACUGAGAUUUAUUUCAAAUUCCAUGGAAACUUGACUGGACGUGUUCAUUAUCCAACUCUGGCUACAGAAGUAGACAAAGCAGCAGAUAAAUAUUCUGGUCUCUAUGUGUAUGUGGGAUUGUUCUUAACAGUUCUGGCAAUCCUUCUCAUACUGUUUUUCACCAUGCUUUUGCGCCUGAAGCAUGUUGUUUCCCCAGUCACCACACCUCCAGAGAGCACUGAGAAUGGCCAGCAGUUCACAGAUGUGGAAAUGCACUUCAGGAUUCCUACCACUUAGAGACCCCCAUGAAAAGAUGUGGUGAAAAGAACUUCUGCCCACCUGUAUGAGCCCUAUAAUUUACUGCAUAACCAUCAACAGCAGCACAAAAGACCUGUUGUCAUGAACUCAAACUCUGACUGGCUGGGACCCACUGGCUGUUAAUCAGGCAACAUGUGUGCCUUACAUUAUGAAAAUCACUGCUGUCAGACUCAUGUUCCUCUAAAAAACCCUUGCAGAAUACGAUGAAAUGCAUAACCAGGAAAGACAAAGCAAAGAGACGCAUAUCAGAACAUGUACUGGAGUCUGUAUCUGCUGUCCUAUUUCUCUGCCUGAGAAGAGACUAUUCAAAGUUAGGAGACUUAAGUGCAAAAAGCCUACAAGGCACAUACAGAAAUAGCUGGUGGUCUAGAAAUUCUCAGACAUUUCUCCUAUUUAAGAAAGAUAAUAUUAAACAUCUUUCCUACUUGAAUGGCAGACUUGUACAACAGUUUCAGUAGUAAACAAAUGUUUCAUCACCUGCUGGAACUAUUGGUUUCUCACACUGAACUGUUCCCCAUAGAGAUAUCAGAAAGAGCACUUAAAAGAAAGAAAACUUCAUAAAAAUUUAUAAAAUAAAAACAACAGCAGGAAAUGAGCAGCAAGAGAAAAAAUGUUAUGACACUACUUCUUCAUUGCUCUCCUUUAAAUUAACUGAGCAGAUUACAGAUGCAGUCAUAUCUUACAGCCUUCCCAGUAUCACUUGGUAACUAAAAUGGAUUGUAACAUUUGGGAAUAGGAUGGACAUUGUUUUCCUAACAGACAAAUUCAGAAUAAUUUUCAAUCUCAUACUCAUGUUGGGUUUUCUUUAGAGAAAUUUCUUUUUUUGUUCUUUAGACAGAUGACUUCUUCCCAAGCUUUUUUCGUUCUUUUUCUCCGUAGAAAAUUAAAGAAAUGCCAAAAUCUGGCACUGCAAUAAUGAAGAGGGAACAGCUUUGGAUAUAGUCUAGUAGGGAACACGCAGAUAGAAAGCAAAACAGACUGAGCACUAGAAGACAGGACUGGAUUCAAAUAUCCUGGUGACUCAGUUAAAAGAAUGAGAAGAAAUGUUUACUUAAAUUUAUGAAGUAACAACCUGACCCCAAUCCUCUCACCUAUGAAAGAUACACAGAUAAACUUAUUUCUGUAGAUGUGAAAAAUGGAAUAAAAUAAGGCAUAACAGUUCCGCUGCAUCUUAGAGGUAAACUUUGAAGAAGAUUCAGCUACACCUCUGAAGGGCAUGGAUUUCACCCAGCUUAUCUUCUCUAUUACAGAAGAUUACAGAACAUCUCUAACAUGGUAAUAAAGUCCUCUGGUACUUUUCACUUUUGCAUACACUUACUGUCAAUUCACUUUGUCCUCUAAGGGCCUGAAAAGUGCAUACUCCCCACAUAAAAAUAUUGCUACAAAUAGAAAUGACACUGACUCCACAGUCAGUGUCAGAAACGAUAAAUUGUUUCUCAGAUGCUUCAUGUCCACAGGUGCUUUACUUACACUUAUAAGUCUGUGUAUGGGUGAGCUGUUUUUAUGAGAAAUUGCCUUUUUAGCCAAUUCUGUGGGGGAGAAUGGAAUAACAAAUUACAUCCAUACUAAGUAUGGUUGGUCCACUGAUGUAUUCAGCACAAAGCUAUUUAAAAAACCUGCUUUCUCAUAUUGAAUAGCACCAUUUAUAUAACAUUUACAGACUAAAUCUUAGAUUAUGUUAAAUAGCAUGUUGACUGUAAGAGGAAUACAGUAGCCAUAUACAUCUAUCUGGAAAAGAAGGUAAAAAGCUAGAUACCCUCAAGCUUUCUGCCAUGGGCACAGCACAGAUCAGCGGGCAGGAUGGUUGGGUCCUUCAGGAGUGCUACUCUCAGCACUGCAAAAGAGUCCAAAUUCUAUGUGAUGACAAUUUGAAUAUUAACCCAGUUGAGAGAUGUGGCUGCAACAUUUGUCAAUGACACUUAAGUGUAAUGAAAACAUAUGCAGAUUAAAUUGGCUUGGUACAUGUCAUGUAUUCAGCUAUCAGGGUGCAGUCUAGCCCAGGGUCAACAUCCAGCUUGCUUUGUGCAACCUCUCAGUUUAUUUGAUGCUCCAUUUCAAACCUGUAAUUCAUUUAUGAUUCAAAUAAACUAUCAUACCAAAUCAGCAACUAAAACAUUAAUCUUCCAGCACACAGUCUGUGGAAAAGCUUUCUUUAUGAAAAGCAGUAGGAAAGAUUCAAAUACUAACAAAAAAAAUAUCAAGCCUACUAAUGAAAAAUGACAGUAUCAGAAUCUGAGCUUGCUCAUGGCUCUGAUCACAGCUGAAAAGCCACAAGAAAUAAGAGUCAGGAGUGGGUUUUUGCCUUGUUAAUUCAGAAGAGCCCUGUAACCCUUUGAAAGUUAUUCAGUGUAUAGUUUAUACAUCAUUACAUCGUAUCUUAGGUAAACUGUGUAUAUUUGCAUAUAACAGUACUAAGAAAGACAGCCAUAUCUCCUAAUACAAAAAAAAGCUAAGUCUUCCUUUACACUUCCUUCAUUUCAAACAAAGUAUCAAGUCCAUUGAAACAUCUACAUUCUCAGAGGUACUGUGAGUGCAUCAUUUGUACAAUGCCAGCAAAUUUUAAAGCUUGCAUUUCCUAUUUAAAACAAAUGUAUGCUUUUCCUCCCCAAUUCAUUUCCAUUUGUGAAGUUCAAGACAUCAUGCCUGUAAGAAAAGAGACUGUUGAGGUGUUUUGACCUGGGUUUGCUGAGGGGACGAGUCAGCUACCAGGAAUGCUAACUGUAACAUCUGCAUGGAUUUGCUGGAUCUGAAGAUAUCAUAUCCAUACCACCUCCUAUCAGUUUGUUUCCUUCUCAUUUAUCUACUACAAAAAAAGUUGAUUAAAAAAAUCAAAAAUAAAGAGACAUCACAAUCAGCUGUGAGUCAUUGAUUGCUCUGUACUAUUAGCAGAAUGCUCUCAAGCUAUGGAUCUCAGAGGCAAGUUCAUAUGCAGAAAUAGGUUCAGGUGGUGCCAAUGGAUUUCAAAUUACCUGCUGGCCUCAGGAAGGCAUCUCUGUAAGAAGACCCCCAGCAGUCUUUGUAAGUUUUGCUUGAACCACAAUAGCUUCCUUGCAUCUUUAGUACAAAUCAGAAGUAGGAGACAUGACUAUUUAUUAAAUUCACCACCUCCUCCAUUCUGCAGUUGUGGAGAAGACCGACACAUGAAAAUUUAGUUGCAUGCCUCGUCUACACCAGAAAAAGAAAUAUGCCCUCAUCCUGCACUAACAUGUGGUAACACAGCAGUGCAGAUAGACAGCUACAGCAUUAAAGCAUGUUGCAAGAAAGAUGCCGGCUCCUCCUGCUGAUGCCAUGAGUGAAAAAUAGCCUUAAACUGAAUUUGAAUUUUGAGUCUUAGAUUUUUUUGGAUUCAUCCAGAUGUAGGUAAUGCCAAGUUGUGAAACCAGAUCUUGAAAUUAUAUGGAAACAUCUGUUCAAUUCAUACGUAAUUGUGAAAUUACACUCUCUAUACUCCCACUUGAAUUUCAUUUCUAUGUAAACUUGUCAACUGAGAAACAAAUGAUAAAUAAUUCAGAAGCCAUUUCCCUCCCUUCCUUGUCCUCUAUAUUUAUUAACCCAUUUUCAAACUAUAAUUUGAUCAAGCUAAUAGCCACAUCUUCCAAAACUGACUCUCUCCACAUUUAUCCUGUCUCUAAGGUCAAAGUUCUACUCAUGAGUCCCAUUUAUUAGCAAUCGAUUAAGAUACAGCAUCCUGGCACAUGCAAGUCAAAUGAGACCUCAUGCUUUGUUACUUGACAUCUCUUCCUCUCUGCAAGCAAUUCAUAUUUUUUAAUCUAGACUGUUGUCCUCAGCCUAUUUCCUCUUCAAGUCCUGAAACACGCGUACAUCAAUAGCUACUGGCUGAUAUCUCUUUGUGGCUUUAUGAAGAACAGACAUACCUACCAGCAUUACAGAAGGAUGAGGUAGAAAGCAGCACCUAUUUGGGAAACUUCUACAUAUCACAGGCACCCCUGCAAGCUGACGUUGGACAGAUAAAUUCUUCCUUAAAAAGCAGGGGACAUGCAGAAGCAAGUUGUACUUGGGCUACCUUUGAACUUUGUUGGCAAGCAAGUGCUGGCUCUACCUACAGGACAGCACAAACCCAUGAGCUGGAUUUGAAUGCAUUACAGGCUCGGGCACUCUGCACCACCUACCCCAUCAUUCUUCACAUGUCCCUUACACAUCAUACACAGAUCAGAAUCCUUUCUUUGUCUCAGAACUAAUGUAUAGUUGUUUCUAAUACUGCGACACAGGGUGCAACUGGAGAUGGCUUUUUAGGGCAAUGUGAGCUUGUAAUAUCAGCUUGAAAGACACAAACCUAAUUGCCAUCUGCUGAAGAUAAAUUUAGGAUAAUCUCUGUUUUAUACCUUAUGCCUUAGCAACCCUAAUUCAAACAAAUUCAUGCUCAUUGUAGUCAGUGUGCAGCACUUUUUAUAAUGUUACUCAAUAAUCCUCAGGUUACCAGGAACUUAUCAAAAUAGCUGAGGCAUAAUUAGUACUUAAUAGCCCAGGAAGCCAGUAGGAGGCUUCCACCAGCAAAUCUUACAGCUUGUCACAAUAGAAUUAAACCGAUGUGAGUUCACUGUUCUUUACAGUUUUUUUUUAAUGCUACAAGAACCAGGAAAAAUCUCAAAACAGUCCUUACAGUGCUGCAUUUGUCAACAUGUGAAGUCCAGGUGGUAACAUGAUACCAGUUUGCACUCUGUACAUAUUGGUACCUAGUGGGAAAGAAAUGUCAUUCACUGUUGUUGAAAGCAUCCAACAAAACAGGAGCAUUCUGAAUUCCCUUGGUUUUGCCUAGUGUUGUACUACAUUAUAUACUAAGUU